UGGCGCGCGGGUUGCGUGCAACAACUUCGAGGAAACGAAGGCGUACAAAACAAUAUAUAUAUUUUUUUUUCUGUUCAAGUGAAGUGACGGAGUGAUUUUAUUUUUAUUUUGUGAAAUAUCCUGCCUGUUUUCGUGGCUUAUUUCGAGGAACUCAGGUCACUCGGUAGAGGUACGUGAUAGCCCUGGCCGAUGAAGAUACAAGUGAGGACAGUUUUUCGCAGCAUCAGUAGAAACAUUAGGAUAAAUUGUGGACAGGCCGUGGUUAGCGCGGAAGGGCGUAAGCAACGGCAAUUGCGCAAAAGAUUAGAGGUCUCAUGUUAGCGGACAUUAACGGUAACCUGGCGGAUCUGAGAAGCGAAGCGAUGGCGUCGCAGAGGUUCUGUCUGCGCUGGAACAACCAUCAGAGCAAUUUACUGUCUGUAUUCGAUCAGCUGCUCCAUGACGAGGCCUUCGUUGAUGUGACACUUGCUGUCGAGGGACAGUUACUUAAAGCACACAAGAUGGUGCUGUCAGCGUGCAGUCCAUACUUUCAGGCCCUAUUCGUUGGUCACCCAGACAAACAUCCAAUAGUAAUUCUAAAAGACGUACCCUACGUUGACAUGCGCAGCCUCCUUGACUUCAUGUAUCGUGGCGAAGUGUCAGUUGAUCAAGAACGUCUAACAGCAUUUCUGAGGGUUGCCGAGUCCCUCAGGAUAAAAGGCCUGACCGAAGUUAACGAGGACAAAUGUGAUUUACCAAGUAUAACAUCCUCACUACUUGGCAAUCAAAACACAGUACCUCCACCACCACCAAACUUACAUAGAAUAAACCAAAUUGGGCCUCACAAUGUAUCACACAAGAGGUUCCAUCAUAUGUCGAGUCAUCCAUUAUUGGGCUCGGCAUUGACAGCUCCAAAGAGAAAACGUGGUAGGCCACGAAAAUUGAGUGGCUCAUCUGAUACACCAAUGGGUGAGGGUUCACGUGAGGAUUUGCAAACAUGCUCAUCCGAUCUUGUACAGGGCUCACCAGAAAUGAUGGAAAUGAAAAUGGGCAUUGAUUUUCAAAGUGAAGCAAGCACUGGUGCUAAUACUAGUGGCAAUGGUAAUGCUAAUAACAGUGGUAGUCAUUCGGCAAAUUCAACACCAGGACCAAUGAGAAGUAAGGAGAGUGAACCUGUUGAGAAUGGUGAGCGUGAUACACCAGAGCCUGCUAUACCAAGAAUCAAGAAAGAGCCAGAGCCAACGCCAAGUACCUCAGCGCAGGACGCCGAGGAGUCAUCAUCAACGAGUGGUGACAAUUCACCAGCUCACAUACGCAUUAACUUUGAACGUUGCUUUCGCAAUGAAUACAGUGCAACAAAUCUACAAACAGGUAACACCAAAGGAACAACAUCACAGGAUGAUAACAAUUCUGACAAUGAGUCUGAACAAAAACCAACAAAGGAACAACUGAGCAGUGCCAUAUAUAAUCUCGUUGCUGGUGAAUCUGAGAUAAGUCAGAGUGAUUUCGAGGGUACAUUUAAAGUUGAGAAUGAAAGAACUGAGGGCUCUGUACGUGAUUUUUGCGUUAAAGAGGGUGAUGUUUACAGAUGUACAGUAUGCCAUCGUACAUACACACAUAUUAGUAAUUUUUGCCGUCAUUAUGUUACAUCACACAAGCCAAACGUCAAGUACUAUCCUUGUCCAGUUUGUUUCAAGGAGUUUACCCGUAAGGAUAAUAUGGUGGCCCAUGUCAAGAUUAUUCAUAGCUUGAAGCCACAGAUGAGUCUUGGUAGUGCGAGUAUGGGACAACAGCGGUAGGCAACGGGUUACCUGUACAAUCUUUUCGUGGGGUUUUUAUCACAGUCGAUGUAGCAUAGGUAGUUAGGUAGUUUUUCCAACACCUCAUGUCGAUGAAGGGAGGGAAGGAGGGCUGGUUUAUCUUUCGUUUUUUGUUUGAAGAUAUUUUUUUUUUUGUUUGUUCUGAGAAUUAACGCCGCGUUUGAAGCUUUUUUUUAUGAUUUUUAUUUGUUGACAGCCGGAAUUUAAUGAUGACUUUUCAUCCGGAUUUAUCGGUACUGAGUGGUUAUUUAAUUGGGAGCCGUUGGGUUUUGUCUUCGUAUCGAUUUCUUGUGGGGAUUUUUUUCAGUUUGUGAGGGAAAAAUCAUUUUGUGGGUUUUUAAUUGAAAUUUAUCCAGACGAAACGUUCAAGGUUGGAAGGUUUAAUUUUUUUUAGACUAGUGAUGUCGUGGCUGCAACCGGCCCCGUUUCCUAUUGAAAUCGCGCCCUUUGCCCGCCGCUAUGACACUCAACUGCAUUCUGUCUGCCAUGACAGUUUCCAGUACAUUUUUUUUUUAACUAAAAGGACAAAUUUCUUUGCGAAGUCACAGGCGGCGUGCGAGAACAGAUUUUUCUUAGUUUAUUGUGACUGUCGAACGAUUUUCAGUGAAUAUCUCCGAAUCCUAGGAGAAUAGGAAAAUGUUCGUGGAAUACUUUUUUGUCGGCCUUGAAUCGCUACACAAAAAAGGUUUCAACGAAAAUUUCACUAUCUGCUCCAGGUCUCGAGAUAUUCAGCAAAACAGACCAACGAUCAAAAUCUCAAUUUUUUCUGUCUCAGUAAAAUGAAUUUUCUUUCGUCACCAUAAUCUUGCGGAUAAUAACUCAGAUAAGUCAACGGGCAUUAAUAAACAAAAGAGUAGAGUGAAGGAGGUUAAAUGUUAAAUGAAAACGAGCUUUACCGCCCUAGUCUUUCGGCGUACCCGAGAGUUGCGGAAUCUAUACAAAAAAAAAAAACAAAUAAAUUAAAAAUGUUAUUACUUGAUGAAAAAGAAGAUGAAAAAUUUAUAUACAAGAAACAACUGAUGAGGACCGUUGAACCUAGUUCUACGAUACGUGUGAAUUGGUUGUUGAUAACAUUUUAGAGGUUUUUAAUAUAAAAAUGAAAAAUGAACGUAGAGUUUAAUGAGCGAAUCCCAAAUGCCAGAUUUUAUUUACAAAAUAUUAAUGAAAGAGAUGAAAUCGAUAAUCAAAUGUUGCACAUACGUGAGAAGUAAUUGAUGUUUAUCCACGGUAAUGAUGAGUAAAAAAAAAUGGAGGCAUUAAUUAUUGAAGAGUAAAGGGGUAAACACGUAGACUGAGUUAAUGCAAUAUAUGUACGACCGUUCGCCAUGUUGUUGAGCCUGAUUGUCGAGGAUAUCACUGUUAUUAUAUCGUAGAGAAUUUAGUUGAGAUGUUCUACCAAUUUUAAAUAUCAAUGUCAUCGUUUCUGAUGAAUUAAGUUCAGUUGAGAGGCCUCAGGGGACUGACGUACACGAAUGGUCAUUUUGAAGUCUGAAAAAAUCCCUGGAAAUCGCAAACCAAAAAUCUCUUGUGAAUCACAAUGAGGAGACUAUUUUAACUGAAUCGCACAUAUCUCCAGUUCCACCGAUUCGAUUUCCCCAACUCAAGUCAUUUCUAAACUCUCAGAAACACCCUUCAAAAUGGGAAAUAAUUGGUUCAUUUCACUCUGCCAAUCUCGAAUUAUUGAGACCUGCUCCACCGCAGCGCAAACAUUACCAACAAGUAUCUGCAUUCUCCAGAAAUCUGAUGAGACUCAUUAGAGAUCGUUUUAACCGGAUAAUUAAUUCUGUCACGGAUAUUGAAAAAUCCGAGGAGGGGACGGCCUGCAAGGGCUGCCAUCCUGGGAACCGGAGCGUCCAGGAUGGCACCUCAGGUUGGAACAAUUAAUCCUGAAAUCACUGAUUUGUUUCAUUGGAUUUCUGCAAAAUGAACUAUUUCCUUAACUCUUUACACUCCUGGGGCCUCUCAAACCAGAAAAUAAACAUCCAGAUGAGGUAUAAUUGAUGGAAAUAUGAAACACGGGGCAUGCAAUUAUUUAAAGACUGCAGUGGGGAUGAUUGAAAAAAAAAUAAACGACACCAAAUACAAGAUAGUACUGACAUUGGAUAGACUGAAGGCACUUUAGUAAUAACUUAACCGCCGUAACCGAGCCUCAACAGCCCCUACAUUUCACGAAAGCCAAUUUCAAGGGUGCAUACGGUGAGAGGUUAGAUACAAAUCUCAAAAAAAAAAAUCGUCAAAUAAUCAAUAAACUGAAGUUGAAAAAAAAAUUGUAAAUAAACGAGAAAAUCUCACAAAUUGUAGAUUUACCCUCUGGGUCAAGGAAUAGUUGCCAAAGUAGAUAAUAACAUUUCGGAAAUAAUAUAAGAGUCGACUGCCUUAUAAUGUGCAAUUUUUUUAUUGGUUAUGUGGUUAAUUCGAUUAACGGUUAGAAUGAAAAAAUAGUGUUUGAAAAUUUUUUCCCCCACUCAGAUAAUUUUUUUUUCUAGUGAACCAUUUGAUGAAUAUUUUUUGACGUUAUAAAUUCAGUGGCUGAGGUUACGGUACGGCGAUGGUGUUUAGGCAAUAUAGUUACAAACAAAACAGCACUAUACGAUCGUAGAUUACUAUAUUUUGCACCUUUACGUGUCUCUUCGACUCCGUCGUUAAUUCUAGUUAUCGCAAUGAACUUCGUAAAGAGAAUUGAGAUUGAAUGAUGUUAAGUUUUGGACGAGUGAAAUUGGCGUUUGAGGUUAUGUUGUCAUUCAGGACAUGAAAUUUCUUCGGAUUUUCCGUGAAUCUAACUAAAAAAAGUCUCCCAAACACCAAAAAUUUGCCAAAAAACAUUACAACUCAUAUCUUAUACUCUGAACACGAGAACCGGAGACAUCAUUGCGAAUAUUGGGAUUGAAGAUGAACGAUGAAGAUAACCUAUACAAAUUUUAUUUCAAUUAACUAGUGGGGCAUAAAUGUUUAAUGACUAGAGGCUAUAUACCGAUAAAUUAUCUAAUUAACGCUAUUGAUUAUUGUUAAUAUCUAAGAAGACGGGAGGCUAGGCUUUGCAUUGACAAGAAAAAAAAAAUGUUAACUACAGGAUGAAGUAACCACAACCAACAAUAUCCCCCCCCCCUGGGUUAUUUAAUAACAUAAAAAGGUGCCAGUUUAUUUGUUAUAUUUUGUUUUAAUUAUUCGGGACAAAUGGGAAUGAUAAAAAUCAUUAUCAUUCAUGAGGCCAAAUCGUCGAGGUCAAUUAUAUCGAUGAAAAAUCAUAUUGUUAAUGUAGAAUAAUUGUAGAUCGUUCGGACCAAGAGGAAAUUUAUAAUGUUUGAGAGACAGAUUUAUUCGGGGGAACAAUCCGAGGAUAUGAGAUACUGAGUGUGUUCAGGGGCUCGGUGAAUUUAUAAUAAUUAAAAUGUCGAUUAUCAGUGAAGGGUUUUGAAAUAUUUCUAGUGAUUACGGUCCGUUCAUCAAGUAUCAUUUAUCACACUCGAAAUAAAGCAUUAACGGCAUCGUAAAAUAGGCAACUACACCCUAAAUAUCACAAUUGUAUACACGAUUUAACAGAAAUGAUAAAACAUGUGGCAGCGGAGGGACAGCUUAUUCGUUUUUAAUAAUAAAUAAUCAAUUUUAGUGAUGGGAGUAGUGUGAAAAUAAUGGAAAAUGAAAAUCAUACAGACACAUUUGAUAAUCACUGAGAGGCUAAGACUAACUCAAUUUUUAGACAGCAAUGAAACAGUUUAAUCAUUGAUUAACGAAGGGUCACUUUCAUUUCAGAUGUGAGAAUAUUCAGAACGGACCGUUUUAAUAAAUUAACGGAGAAUCCUUUGCAAAUUUCAUAGAUUAGAGAAUUUAAUUAUGAAAUUGAACAAUAAAAUGUUGAGGAGAUACUGCACUGUUCGAGGAGUGAUUUUCUAAGAAUAAGGAAGCAAACUCAUUGGUCCCUAUCAGCUCCAUCAAUGAUGCAAUUUUUAUCUGUCAGCACUCAUUUUUAAACUAUCAAAACCUUUGUUAAAUGAGACAAAAAUUAUUUUAUUUAACUCAGCCAUUCUAUCAAAAUUCAUAAUUAUCAAAAUUACUGUGAACCUGUCUACAUAAUCAUUGAAAUGAAAAAAAAAAUUUAAUUUCCCUCAACCAGUCUCGAGUACUCAGCAAUAAAAAAAUAUUCAACUUUCAAAUGGACAUCUCGAACAUGCAAAAUCUCCUCAAAAAAGUCGUGCCAAGCGAUUCGAUAAUAAUCAAAUUUUCCUUUAAUCGGAAAGCAUAGUCAAUAAAUCAAAUAUAAGGCUCAUUCGGUCGUCGACGGAACAAAGUUAAAGGUGUGAAUUGUUUAAAAAUUGAGAGACGCAAAAGAUUUCAAAGAAAGCAAAAAAUAAGACAAAUUACGAGGCUUAAAAAGCAGACUGUACUAUCAGAUAGAAUUAAUAUAUAUUAUAUAUAAAAAAAUACAUAUAUAUUAAAUGAAACAGAUGAAGAAAGAAUAGUUUAUUAUCGCAUCUAAUAUAACGAGGGGGCAGAUAAUACACCGUAAAACAACAUUAAUUUGUGAAUUAUUGUGAAAAUAACACCUAUAAUACACGGGUUCGACACCUACUGCGUACGCGUUAAUACAAUACAUUAUUAUUCUUAUCAUUCUUUAUUGCGAUUAUUAUUACUAUUAUAUAUUAUAUUUAAACAAAAGUUAUAUCGAAUAUAUUUUAGCGCUAGUUGGUAAAUUAAAAAAAAAACCUAUUAACGUCGUUGCAGUUUGAAAAGAUAAAACAAAGAAAAUUGAAAAAAAAGAAUAUAUAUAAAAAAUUAUGCGUCAGAAAAACGAAUUUUCGGGGUUUGACCUUUUAAUUUUAUAUGAAAAAUACUGUUGCGAGAGACAAAUGUGAAUUAAAAUUAAUGAGAAAAUUCUAUCAUACAUCAGUGGGAUCCAAAUAGCUUAGCUAAUCCCCAGUUCGGUGCCUUUUUAAAAUGAAAGAAAAAAAAAUGGAAAAAAAUGAAAAAAAAACAUGUGUGAAAAUUUUAAUAAAUUGUUAUUGAGCGAUUAAUACCACUCGUGCGACAGAGUGUCAAUAAAAAAAAAUGGGCGUUCUGACGCCGCUAGUGCCAAAUAAGUGAGACCUUGGGGUCUAAUGAAUUUAAAAAAAAUGGGGACAAAAUAUGGAGAGAAUAUACAUUGAGAAAAACAACAUUUUAUAGGUGAACUUUUUUAGCUAAUGAGAUGUCUUUUCUGACGCUGGGUAGCAUUAGUAUAUUUUAUAUGCACUGAUUGUUUGAUUAUAAUUAUUCGAUAAUAAAUGAAAAAAAAAGAACGGUGUUCAAUAGUUUAUAAAUAAUGACUACAAAAUGGAUGAAAAAAAAAAGAUAAAAAUUAUUGUGAAAAAGACAAAUUAUUCUGGUGUUAUUUGUAACUGAAAAUUUAACAAUUGGCAUUUUGUACUUUUCCCGUUGUGAGACAGUUGCAGUGAAAAAAUCAUUAUCCCAGAAUCACAGGCUUUGGCCGCAUUGUAGAGAUGAUUUAGAGAUUAAUGUGCCGCCAGUCGAAUGAUUAUGCCAAUGAGAUUGGAAGACUAACCCCAACAGUUUAUGAAUAACAAUGAUUAUCGAGAAUGAUAAACGACGACUAAUAGCACUGAAUGAUUAAUCAAAGGUAACUCACCACCAAAAAUAACGCAUUAGAACAAUAUUUAUGCUAUGAAAUAUGUAUUUUCACAGUUUAUUGAUGUAGAAUGUUUGUUGUAAUGUAGAAGAUGACGUUGAGCUGAAAUUAGGGUCAGACAAUGGGGUGAGGAAAUGUUUUCUCAGUGUUUAUUGAUUUUCUUGUCAUGAAAAUACAUACGCAUCCCCAGAUUCUUCUAGAACCUCUCUAGAGGAAUUAAUGGAGAUGUUAGAUUAUGUUCAGUACCUCAAAUGAAUUAAUGUUCCGGUAGUUUGGAAUUUUUUUCCACAUCCCCAGAUUUUCGAGCAUCAACUUUUCUAAGCCAAAUAUUCAUUGAGUUGAGUUUUUAGAGGUGUGAGGGUUGAUUCUCACGAUGUGAAAAUAUUUUCUCGCCCCUAGACUCGGUCAGAUAUCACAUCUCUCCCCAAUUUCAGCUUCACGACAAUCACUUUAAUUGUUCCCGAGUUGACGACGAGACAGCUCAAUGUAAAGAAACCAAUCCAAUGAAAAAAAUAUAAAAAAUACCCGCGGGAUAAUGGGGCAAAAUAACAGGCUUAGGGCCAUUAACGUAGCCCUAGAGAGCACGCAAUCCUUUCCUUAUCAUCAAAACCAAUAGAUGGUUGAGAGAUUAUCUGGAUUUUGCCCCAUUUCCCUUGGAAUCUCGUCGCAACAAGGGCCCAAUCGACAUUAUCCGUUUUUAGUCACAAUUAAGUGUGUAUUUUUCAUUUGCCUAAAAUGCUGACUGAAAUCCUCAAUCCGCCAUUUUGUGACCAACAACCCCAUCGCUACGAAGCGCACCGUUGCUCUUAGCCAAAAAUUAUGUUUAUUUAGUUCUUCAUAUGCAGUUUUUUUUUCUUCUCACUUACGAUUAAUUAGUCUAGAUUGUACAACGUUGUUGCUAUUAUCAAAGGCAUUAACCUUUAUUUUUUAUUUCAUCGUUUAGUUGUAGAUGUUGUAAACACCCACUUCACUAUCUAUUUGUUGUACGUGUCAACGUCAGUUGAUGCUGUUGUGUCGAUACUGGUAGGCAUCGACUCGAAAAAAAAAAAUUAUUCAAUAACCUCAUUGCAUGUUACGUAAACACGUUGUUGAUUUAUGAUUUUUUUUUGUUAAGUAAAAAUUUAUUAAGCUCGUACGAUUACUUGAGGACAGAAAUUAAUUCAUCGUAAUGGGUUUUGAUAAUAUAUUGUUAAGUAAGUAAUUAUUAACUAGACUGUGGCCAUGAAAUAAUACAGUACAAAUGUGAAAGAAUCAUGAUUUUUUUUAUAAUGGGCCAGUACAAAUUGAUGGAAAAAAUUGUCGACUCAAUCAUGUUCUCGAGGCUUCAGUAAAAAUAUUUUUUCCCCUCCCUGUUAGGUUUAGUCUGAAAAAUUUAUUGGGCAAUUGCUCUAUGCAGUGUUUAUUUUUUAUGUUAACUAUCAAUUGUAGUGAUUGCGGGGGGUUUCACUGGGGACACCUUAACGGAGCCUCUCGAUGAAUAAUUGAUGUUUUAAUAUCGUUUUUUUUUUCUUCUUUAUUAUGUUUUAAUUGAAUUCGUAAAUACGUCGACGUGCUAUUUUAUGUUGUUUUAUAUCGUGCACGUUUAUCAUGAUUUUAUGAUGUAUAACGUUUUAAUAAUGACGUUAUUAUAAUGAGGUUUUUUUUGAUGAGUGGAUGGCACAGAGAACAUAUAUGAAUGAAAAAAAUAAAUAUUCUAUAUAAAACGUUGUCGCGCAGUUAUUAAAGAAUGCUAUAUAUAAUUUUGAUUUUA